UACGAGCGCCGCAUUGUUUUUUCCUGGAGAGGAAAAAUGCCUUGCAAACGAGCGAAGCAUGGCAGUUGCUCAGUGUUUGGAUGUACAAAUGAACACAAAAGUCUAUUUUUAGUUCCUUCAUCCGAGCCUCUGAAGAACCAGUGGGUUAAUUAUAGUUUCUCUGGAAAUGUGCCGACACAACUUCCCAAAGUGUUAUAUGUCUGCGCCAGACAUUUCACCGACAACUGUUUCCUUAACUUGGGCCAAUACAGAGCUGGACUUGCUGAACGUCUGAAAAUUAAAUCUGGUUCAGUACCAACUCUCCUUUGCUCAGCUACAAACCUUGGACAAGAUAACCGUUCUGCUCUUGGUGUUCGGUUAGAGGGUGCAACUCUGCAAACCAGGGUGAUCCGAUGAGAAUUGGCACAAUUCGAAGCGUUUUACAGCAAAGCGGGCCAGCACAUCAAGCACUUGCAUUCAGCUGCUUCUCUCAAGGAAUGUUGCCUGCCAGACAGACCACCUCGAAACACAUACUGUAGGCACACAGCUAUCCUUAAAGACUUUGCUGCCCCACUUUAGAAGUAAAGAAGACUGUGAUGCCUUAGGACACCGUAUCACGCAGCUCGGCGCCACCUCAGAGAGUCUGCGUGUAGACAAACCUGGCUCCUCCCAUAUGUCCUGUCACAGCGAGGAGCUGAGGAUUCUGACCGUCCAUGGAAAAGGGGAGGGCCCACUGGCAGUGGAGGCCUUGAACUUGCUGUCUGCGGACCACAGCGUGGCCAAGAGCCUGGACCGCAGCGAGCGGUUGGUCUGCCGCAAGGAGCUGAGUGUGCAGCAGCAGACCCCAGACACCAUUUCAAUCAAGGUUGAAGAGGAUAUUGGUGGAGGCAUGCCUGCUGUAGAAGACUGCGAUGACUUUGGAGAUCGCAGCAUGCAUUGCGGCGCAAUCUCAGAGAGUCUGCGUGUGGACGCCCCUGGCUCCUCCCAUAUGUCCUGUCACAACGGGGAGCUGAGGAUCCUGAGCGUCUAUGGUAAAGGGGAGGGCCCACUGGCGGUGGACGGCCAUAACACCCUCUUCACUGCAUCAGAAGUGGAGGCCCUGAACUCGCUGUCUGCGGACCACAGCGUGGCCACGAGCCUGGACCGCGGCGAUCGGUUGGUCCGCCACGAGGAGCCGAGUGUGCAGCAGACCCCAGACAUCAUUUCCAUCAAGGUUGAAGAGGAUAUUGGUAGAGGCAUGUCCGCUGUAGGCAUGGAUGUACCUGAACGAGCUGCCGGGCCUGACCAAGCUGUCCGGCCUGAGGGAGAUGCCCUUGAAUUCAGCCCGGACAUCGUCCGGACCUAGAAAGAUAACAAAGAGAAGAGGGAGAAAGAGGACAACUGCUAUACUUACGGAUACCCUGGUGAGGGCUGCUUUAGUGGCGGAAAAGCAGGGAACUCUGAAGUAGCGUCGUCACGCCAAGCAGCCUCCCUCCUCUCGGGCUCCCAAGAAGAGGCUGUUCUUGCCCGCUCCUGAUGCCGCCCCCCUUGCUGGAGUCAGCCCUGGUGCCACCUCAGCUGCUCCUCCCACCAUCCACCGCUGAUGGAGUCAGCCCCACCUUAGCCCUAAUUUGUCAUGUUCCGGAUGCAGUAGAGUUCACCACUAUUGCUGCCUCUACUUCUCCAACUUAUUUAGGCCUAUCCAACAAGGACGUCAGCUGCCUCGUGUGAUGCAAGCUCUUCAGCGCCUCGAUGCCUGGGGAAGAGUGGGUCCAGUGUGUUUUUUGCUACAAGUGGUCGCAUGAGGCUUGCACCGACGGGAGUACACACUACCUGUGUCACCUGUGUUACAAAGAAUAAAAAUAUUUAGCCUAC